AUGGUGGGUUGUCCCGUCACUCAGGCCGUGGUUACCAGGGAGUUCAGCCUAGCCUGCUGGUUUCUAAGAGAGAACGACGUGUAUAUCGGGAUCGAUCUGUGCGCCUCAUCGAGAAGAACAUUAUCUCAAUUUCCACCGUGAAGCUACGCGGUUAGCCUCAGCAGUUAGCCUCAACAUUAGCCUCCGCAUUAGCCCCAUUGGUCCAAGACGGUUGUCGCGCAUCUGCAGACGCAUCGGGAAGCUACGAACAAAUGGCCCAGAAAAAGAGCCCCAAAAUCCGGUCCAAAAAAGUUGAUUGGCUCGUCUCGCUGGUUCUGAACGGCAAGGACCAAGUGUCAGCCUAGGGUCGGUUUAGCCAUCCCGCCAUCCAGUGACAGGCUGGUUCCGCAGGGGGGCGGGCUUUGGUGAAGAACCAUUUGAGCGGGACCAGGGUUCUUGCUCUCAGCUGCUUUCGGUUGGGUUGGAUUGGAUUACUUCCGGUUCAGUUCUGAACCCGUUGGGUUCAGAGGCCAGUUGGGGUUACCGAUGGAGACAUGCAGACCCCGAGACUCCUCCUCCACUGCUUCUGGAAAGGAGGUGUACAUGGAGGAGGAGGAGGAGGAGGAGGUGAUGUAUGAGGAGGAGCUGUGUGAUGAUGAGGAGGAGGUGGCAUCUGCUGUACAGGACAUAGGUGGUCUUAACGAGGCAGAGAAGCCGCUUGUUGGAGCCGAGGUUUGUCCCUACCUACGGGACUCAGAUGGAAAGCCAACGGCGGACAGCAAAAAUGGGCUCAAGUCAGACGGAGGAGCAGCAGCUGCAGCAGGAGCAGCAGCAGCAGGAGGAGUAGGGCCCAAGACCACCAUGUUUACUUGGUUCGUGGUCCUGGCUCUCCUUGGGGUCUGGAGCUCUGUGGCGGUGGUCUACUUCGACGUUGUUGACUAUGACAGUGUCAUUGCGAGGGCUAAGGAGUUCCGUGUGAAUUUCUCUGAGGUUCUACAAGGUAAACUGAUGGCGUACGAUAGAGACGGAGAUGGAGACUUCGACAUGGAAGAUGCUAAAGUUCUGCUUGAUGACGAGAAGCUAAAUGGUGCUACUGUCCCAAAGAAAGGACUGAAAACAGAGGAAACACACGAUGUGAAGAACAUAGACCGGAGGAAAGAAAAGGUCAUUGAGGUUCUUCUUCCAGACAUUGAACUACCAAGAGAGGAGAAGGUCCCUGGUUGGAACAGAUCUGGAGGUUUGAAAGACCCAGUGACAUUUGAAGUGGGAGGGCGGCCUGCUGAGGAACACGACCGGGCCCCCCCUGCUGACACCCAGGACCCAGACCGGGACCGCCCUGCUGACACCCAGGACCCAGGCCGGGUCCGCCCUGAUGACACCCAGGACCCAGGCCGGGACCGCCCUGCUGACACCCAGGACCCAGACCGGGACCGCCCUGCUGACACCCAGGACCCAGACCGGGACCGGCCUGCUGACACCCAGGACCCAGCGGUCCGCCCCCAGCCCCCUCUGGUGGAGGACUUUGUUCCAGAUGACCCCAGAGAAGACAGUGGACAUCCAUAUGAGGACGAGGUUGAGACCAUCGACACCACUGGGGUCUUGGUGGAGGAAGUGAUGGCAGAGGAAACUAUGGUUGAAUCUGGGAAAUAUGUGACCAGCUCCAAAGUAUCCCAGGAGACAGAGAGCCGGUCGGACCAGAAGGUAAAAGAGAAAACUAAGAAGAGUAAGCCCAAGCUGCUGAAUAAGUUAGAUAAGACCAUCAAGGUGGAGAUCGACGCCGCAGAAAAGCUACGCAAAAAGGGGAAGGUGGAGGAGGCGCUGAAGAGCUUCGAGGCCCUGGUCCAGAGGUUCCCCCAGAGCCCGCGGGCGCGCUACGGGAAAGCUCAGGCGGAGGACGACGUGGCAGAGAAGCAGCGCAGCAACGAUCUGCUCCAGAGAGCCAUCAACAGCUACAGAGAGGCCUCGGAGCUGCCCUCUGCGACCCCUGACCUCAUCAGGGUCACGCUGAAGAGGCGGGCGGAGAGGCAGCAGUUCCUCGGCAGGAACCGGGGUGCUCUCCUGACCCUGGAGAGGCUGGUGGAGGUGUUCCCGGAGGACCUGGGUCUGAAGAACGACCUGGGGGUGGCCCACCUUCUUAUUGGGGACAACAAGGGGGCCAAGAGAGUAUAUGAGGAGGUCCUGGCUGUUGCCCCCGGCGACGGCUUCGCCAUGGUUCACUACGGCUUCAUCCUCAAGUCGGAGAACCAGAUCGCAGAGAGCAUCCCGUACCUGAAGGGAGGGUUGGAGUCUGGAGCUCCAGGAACAGAUGACGGACGCUUUUACUUCCACCUUGGGGAUGCGUUGCAGAGAGUAGGAGACGACAGUGCUUACCACUGGUAUGAACUGGGACACCAGCGGGGCCAUUUUGCAUCUGUGUGGCAGAGGUCUCUGUACAACGUGGACGGACUGCAGGCCCAGCCCUGGUGGACCCCCCAAGAGACCGGCUACACAGACCUGGUCAAGGCUCUGGAGCGCGGCUGGAAGGCCAUCCGGGAGGAGGUGCUGGCGGUGCUGGACCUGAAGACCGGCCUGUUCAUGCCGGAGGAGGAGAACCUGCGCGAGAGAGGGGAGUGGGGCCAGUACACUCUGUGGCAGCAAGGGAGGAAGGCUGGAGACGCAUGCCGCAGUGUCCCCAAAACCUGCUCCUUGUUGGAGCGAUUCCCUGAAGCUACAAACUGCAAGAGAGGACAGAUCAAGUUCUCGGUGAUGCAGCCUGGGACCCACGUGUGGCCCCACACCGGGCCCACCAACUGCAGGCUGAGGAUGCACCUGGGGCUAGUGGUCCCUGAGGAGGGCUGCAGGAUCCGCUGCACCAACCAGACCAGGGCGUGGGAAGAGGGCAAGGUGCUUAUCUUUGACGACUCCUUUGAGCACGAGGUGUGGCAGGAGGCUGCCAGCUACCGCCUGAUCCUCAUCGUGGACGUGUGGCACCCGGCCCUCAGCGCCCAUCAGCGCCAGACCCUGUCCCCCAUCUAGACCGGGUCAGGAGGCCAGAGCCUUUCCCCCAUCUGAGACAUCUUGUUCUGUUGCCUCCUGGAAAAACAGACAGACAAACCACGUUGUGCCAAGUCUGGCAGAUAUAGACACCAAGCGACGGAGUGCCAACCUGAGUCUGGAGUGAUGAGGGGGCCGAUACACUGACCAGCCCCUCCACAUUGACUUUAAUAUUAUUAUUUUGCUAUGAAUGACUAAUUGAAUGUGUUUUCAACAGAGACGUUAUACACUUGCCUUAGGAAACGUCCCAAGCCUCAUGCUUGUGUUUUUCACCUGGUGGAUGCACCUGUCCUCGUUAAGCCUUGUUAAGCCUUGUUAGCCCUGUCUUAAUCCUCAACCAAUGAAUACUCUGGCUCUGGCUGUGAGCAGCAGAACUCGUGCUCUCCCCCCUGGCUCAGAAGUCUGGCCAGUGUUUUCAGUUUGCAGAGGGGAUUGUGUCUUUCAGUGUGUGGAUAAACACUGUGAUAUUUGAAUGAAAGUAUACGUUCACCUGUGAGCAUUCAGAAAAACUGACAAACAAUAUCAUAUACCAUUUGAACUUGCCAGACCAAUAUAAAUCACACAAUGGAUCAUUGCUCUUAUGAUACUGUUAUGAAAAUGUUUAAAGCUAAAUGUAAGAAGUAAAUGUUAGAAGUAAGAUGGGGUGUCAGGCAAUCCUCUAGGGAAUUGGCUAGAAUGAAGCUACAGCCCAGUGUGACAACACAUCCCUGACUACGCUAAACUCAACGGCUGGUUUAGGACAGACCUGAUCAGUGGCUCAAUGGCUGUCUUGUGGAGUUCUGUGUGGCCUGCUGUAGGAGUAUUCACUGUAUAUUGCAGCGUUGAAGUGAAUCCUCAUUGUUUGUUUGAUAGCAUGCACAGAAACAGGAAUAACUACAUCUUCGUCAGAUAGAUAAAGAAUCAAAUAUGUAACAAAAUCAACAAAAAAACUAAAUCUUUCUACAAUUUUAUUUUUUUAACAAAAAUAGAAUAUUUUUGUAUGCUGAUGAUGAAGUAAAUUUUGUAAAUUCAAAAGAAGGUCCAUUUCUCUCUACUGCUCUUUGUAGUUUUUUUAACACGCCUCCACAUCCUACAAUUGCUGAAUAAAACAAAUAGGUAACUCGCUUCUUGGAAUGUCUAUGUUGUAUUUGGUUAAUAAUUUUAAAUAUGUUUGUUAGUGCAUGCCUGUUUGGUCGAGUUUAAUACAUGUCUGCUUCUUUGCUUCUGCCCACUGUAGUCAUUAGUAUAUUACUGUAGGUCUGUAGUCAUUAGUUUCCUACUGUAGGUCUCUCCUAUAGUCAUUAGAAUCCUUAUGUAGGUCUCUCCUGUAGUCAUCAGUAUCGUACUGUAGGUCUGUAAUCCUUAGUAUUCUACUGUAGGUUUCUCCUGUAGCAUUACGAGGUAUCUUUAUUAUCCCGAGGGGCAAUUUGAUGCACAGCCAGCAUUGAAAAAGAAACAGCAAACACAUAACGUAUAAGACAAGUAACACAAAACAGAUCACACUUGUUACAUGUGAUCAUUGUCCAGACUGAUUAGUAUCCUACUGUUGGUCUCUCCUGUAGUCAUAAGUAUCCUACUGUUGGUCUCUCCUGUAUUCAUAAGUAUCCUACUGUAGGUCUCUCCAGUAGUCAUUCGUAUCCUACUGUAGGUCUCUUCAGUUAUGUUCAUCAUGACAUCAAAACUGGUUUAGAGAAUUGUGAGGUCCAGCCUAAGAGCUCUAGUGAGAGGCUGAAGACCACUGCUGACUGACCACUUCUGAUUGACUGACCACGGCUGACUGACCACGGCUGACUGACCACUGCUGACUGACCACUGCUGAUUGACUGACCACGGCUGACUGACCACUGCUGACUGACCACUGCUGACUGACCACGGCUGACUGACCACUGCUGACUGACCACUGCUGUCUGACCACUGCUGACUGACCACUGCUGACUGACUGACCACUGCUGACUGACUGACCACUGCUGACUGACUGACCACUGCUGACUGACCACUGCUGACUGACUGACCACUGCUGACUGACUGACCACUGCUGACUGACUGACCACUGCUGACUGACUGACCACUGCGGACUGUGACCACUGCUGACUGACUGACCACUGCUGUCUGACCGCUGCUGUCUGACCACUGCUGACUGACCACUGCUGACUGACCGCUGCUGACUGACCACUGCUUACUGACCGCUGGUGACUGACCGACUGCUGACUGACCACUGCUGACUGACGACUGUUUACUCACUGACUAUUGACUGACCGCUGCUGACUGACUGCUGCUGACUCACCGCUGUUGACUGACUGCUGCUGACUCACCGCUGUUGACUGACUGCUGCUAAAUGACUGCUGCUGACCGACCACUGUCAUACGUUCACACAGUACUGCAUUAUGUGACUCCACCACAUAUAUAUCAUGUCCACUUGUAAUGGAAAAUGUGUGAAUCAUUUAUUGAAGGAAAUUAAAAUGUGUUUUAUUUAACUACUGGGAAUGU